CUUCAAAAUCAAAUUGAUAACGUUGUGUUUUCAAAAUGAAAAAGAUGUUUAAACCGGCAUUUAAUAAUUAAUCUUAUUCGUUAAUUAGUCUUCAUUAUAGAGUGCUACAAAUACUACGAUGUAGUCCAUUAGACGAUAAUCUGGUAACCAUUCAUUACAGAAUCUCAUAAAUUCAUUCCGAUCACGAUGUCUGAAAAAAGGGACCAAGACGAGCUGGACCUCACUUCGCCAAAUUUUAAUCCUUUGAAAGCUUUAGAAAAUCCAGAUAAAGUUAGAAUCCCCUGUCCAUCGGCUCCUGUAUUCGAUAAUAUAUCAUCUUUCAUAGAAACUCCCGAAGGAAUUUUUCCGAAACCGAAAAGGGAAUCUAAAGUAGCAAAACCGAAAGAUCCAUCAUUAAAAGCUGGAUCAAGUAAAGAUCAACAAUCGAAUAAUGAGUCAGAAGAUACUAAAGAUAUAAGACUGCUAAGAGAUUGCAAAAAUGUUCUCACAAGAAUGGAACGAACAGUGAAGGGACCACUAACAUUCCUUAAGAAAUGUAUGGAUGAAAAAUUACGUGUAAAAGUAUAUACCAGAGGAGCAGUUCAAGUACGAGGAUUUUGUGUUGGUUUUAUAGUCGCUUUCGAUAAACAUAUGAAUUUAGUACUAAAGGAUGUAUUUGAAACUUGGACGAGAAAAAGAAAAAGAAAACUACUAUUUUUAGAUGCUGUUUCGGAAACAGAAAGUGCUACCGAAGAGUUCAAAGAUUUAAAUAUUUUAUCAACAAGGUCUGAACAAAGUGAGAAGCACAAUCAGCGUAAAAAAUUGAACGAAAGUAAACCUAAAGUUGUAGUUCGAAAGAGAUUAAAACGUAAAGAAAUUUGUGAACGACAUAUUGAUCAGAUACUUAUAAGAGGAGAACAAAUUGUUAUCGUGACAUUGGAUACGAAUCCCAAUUACCAAAUUUUUGAAAAUGAAAUGAAAUCAUAAAUCAAGUCUGAUCUGCUUGGUGUGGUUUUGCUAAUUGUACGUUGUAAACUGUUAAUUUAUUAGGUGUUUUUUAAUUGAAUUGGAAAAUACCAUCAAAUAUAUAAUUUUUUCAAUAUUA